AUGUCGUACUCCAUCUCUCCUGUCAGCCAGUCUACCAGGAUGCUGUCCAAGCCCGGCAAGGCCAAGCGGAAGAUUCCCAAGAUACCCUUCAAGGUUCUGGAUGCACCGCAGCUUCAGGACGACUUCUACCUUAACCUUGUGGACUGGUCUUCUCUCAACGUCUUGGCUGUCGGGCUUGGCGCGUGCGUGUACCUGUGGAGUGCUUGUACCAGCAAGGUGACGAAGCUAUGCGAUCUGGGGCGGGACGUGGUGUCUUCCGUGGCGUGGACGCAGAGGGGGACUCAUCUUGCCGUGGGCACGAAUACCGGUCUUGUGCAGAUCUGGGACACCGGGAACUGCAAGAAGAUUCGCACCAUGACGGGGCACUCCAACAGGGUGGGCACCAUGUCGUGGAACGCUCACUCGCUAGCGUCGGGCAGCCGAGAUCGCCUGAUCCUGAUGAGGGAUGUUCGCGCCGCGGAACCCUUCACGCAGAAGCUCGUCGGUCACAAGCAAGAGGUGUGUGGACUCAAGUGGUCCUUCGAUGACAAGCAGCUAGCUUCCGGCGGCAACGACAACAAGCUUCUCAUCUGGAAUGCGCACUCCACGUCGCCGGUCCUACGGUUCGGCGAGCACACCGCGGCGGUGAAGGCCAUCGCCUGGAGCCCGCACCAGCACGGCAUCCUCGCCUCCGGAGGGGGCACCGCGGACCGGUGCAUCCGGUUCUGGAACAGCCAGACGUCCGCUAGGCUCAGCUGCGUCGACACAGGCUCUCAGGUGUGCAACCUCAUGUGGUCGAAGAACAUCAACGAGAUCGUCAGCACGCACGGCUACUCUCUGAACCAGAUCAUCGUCUGGAGGUACCCUAGCAUGACCAAAGUCACGACACUCACGGGACACACCAUGAGGGUACUGUACCUGGCCAUGUCUCCGGACGGACAGACGAUAGUCACGGGGGCGGGAGACGAGACCCUAAGAUUCUGGAACGCCUUCCCGGGCCCCAAGAGCAGGGAGGGCUCCGGCUCCGCGGGACUGUUGUUUCCUGCGGGCGUGGGCAUCCGAUGACGUCAGCAUGCUGGCCUCCUCAGAACUGUUGUACCGUCUAGCGGUUCUCGAACCAUCGUGUGUCUCUGAGUUGUGCAGCAGUUGGCGUCAGCCAUGCGUAGGUCAUGGAUCCCCAGAUCCCGCUGCCGCUGUAACAAACGGUCUAUGCGGCGAGUGUCUAGUCGUGGGUGUCGCUUUGUUUGGUCUCGCACUUGCACAUGCACCUACCUACCUACAUGUCUCCAGAGCAUGUGUGUCCCUUUUUUUUUU